UCAUAGAUGUAAUUACAUUCAACCAAAGCAAAUGUGUUCCAGCUCCAGACAGCAUCUCUUUCCAUAUUUGGUGGCUUUCUUUGGUUCAACAAUUGACCCUCUUAGGCUCUGAAUACGAUCAGAGUGGAAUUUUCCUCAUUUUGAGUCAAGGGAUCACGGACCCACUGCUCAAUAAAGGAUAGCAUUGCCCAGAUGUUGUUUACAAAUCACAAAACACUCUACAUAGUCAAAACUUACACUCAAUUGUUGUAAUGUGCAGUCUGCUCAUACUCAACUCAAACAGUUUCCUUCGGAGGAAAAUAAGUGGGGGGAGGGGGUUACUGAGAUUGGUACAGAGCUUCAGCAAACUAGACAUCAAACUGGACGCAGCUGCUGAUGCAGACUGCGGUUCUCCGAUGUCCCCAAAUAACUGUGUAAGGGAUCGCUUUAAAGACUACAGCGCUGACUCUUGGAUCACGCAGUAAUUUAACCUGAGGGAAACUCACAAAGCCAACUUUAAUGGAGUGAUGUGGCAGUAAAUUGCGCAGGGCAACCACACUACCACACAGCUGAUAGCGGUACUGAAUCUGUUCUGUGAUGUGACCGUUGGCUGCGCCAAAGUGGCGCUCUUACGCACGAUGGAGGACAUUUUACGCGAGCAGAAUAGUUGGGCGCAGAAUGUUUCCUGGAGCAACUCAAGUCGCGGGAAUGAUAGUCCUUUAGGAAACAUCACAGUGAAUCCUUUGAAGCGUAACGAAGAAGUAGCCAAAGUGGAAGUUACCGUCCUGGUCCUGGUGCUGCUGCUCGCUCUGACCGGCAACCUGUGCGUCCUGUGGGCUAUCCACGCCACCAAGCACAGCCAGUCUCGGAUGUAUUACUUCAUGAAGCACCUGAGCAUCGCAGACCUUGUCGUUGCAAUCUUUCAGGUCUUGCCGCAACUCAUUUGGGAUAUCACAUUUCGCUUCUAUGGGCCGGAUUUGCUUUGCAGGCUGGUCAAAUACCUCCAGGUCGUGGGUAUGUUUGCAUCCACCUACAUGCUUGUCCUGAUGUCCAUUGACAGGUGCCUAGCGAUCUGCCAGCCGCUUCGCUCCGUGCAUAAGAAAAAGGAUCGCUUCUGCGUAAUCGCCUCUUGGAUGCUCAGUCUGAUAUUCAGCACUCCUCAAGCGUACAUAUUUUCCUUGAGAGAGGUCGGAGACGGCGUGUAUGACUGCUGGGGGGACUUCGUACAGCCUUGGGGUGCCAAAGCAUACAUCACAUGGAUGAGUCUCAGCAUUUACAUUUUCCCAGUGGCAAUUUUAAGCAUCUGCUAUGGCUUGAUAUGUUUUAAAAUAUGGCAGAAUUUCAAUUUAAAGACCAGAAAGGAGCACUUCCUGGCUCUGACUGCAAGGCCCUCCAAAGGCGCUCAUCCCCUCUCUCGUGUGAGCAGUGUGAGGCUUAUUUCAAAAGCAAAGAUCCGCACAGUGAAAAUGACAUUUGUGGUGGUCCUUGCCUACAUUGUGUGCUGGACUCCCUUCUUCUUUGUCCAAAUGUGGUCUGCAUGGGAUCCUGCUGCACCAAGAGAAGACAUGGCCUUCAUCAUUGCCAUGUUACUGGCUAGUCUCAACAGCUGCUGUAACCCCUGGAUCUACAUGUUCUUUGCCGGUCACCUGUUCCAGGACCUGAUGCAGUGCUUCUUCUGCUGCUGCCGACAGUACCUACCCUCCUCCUGCAGCGGUGAUCAACAGGGCAGGCACAAAAGCAACUCCUCCACUUACGUCAUCAAGAACACGAGCAGCCAGAGGAGCCUCACACACACAUCCAGCAAUGGAGGGCCAGGACACUGAAAAGCCAGCUGAAAGCCAUCCAUGCUUCCUGUAGUCAAGUAACCCAGCAAUCAUGCAAGUUCCUGAUUUCAGGCAUUUAAUUAGUGUGUUUUAAAUUGAGCAAAAUAGACGAUGUAAACCUGCUGCCUAGACAAUGCCCUGUAUCCUGUGAACAAAGAGCAAAACAAAAUGUCUAUGGAUGUGCAUCCUUUCCCACAACACCCUUUUCCUUUUUGACUCCCUUUGCACUGGAGUCCUGCACAUAAUAUAUUUCUCUUAUAAUGUAGACUUUAGCACUUCAAGAUUUAUACUCUGUCUUUCUAUGAACAACCUUGGACAUUUUAAAAGUUGUUUUAUGCUUCUGUCUUAUAGUCUUGACUGUUGUUCCAACAGUUAUUGUCCUGAUUUGACCUUAAAGGACAAGUAAUUAUAACAACAGUAUCUUAAUGUUGCACAUUCUACAUUUCUACAAAGAAAAAAAAAAAGUUACUCUUUGUAAAUGGGCUCCAACUCUGUUACUGUAAUGACUUUUAAACAGCAUUAGGUUGUGUAAAAGCAAUGUAUAGUUCCAUUAUUAUGGGUGGUUAAAUCACAAUGUUGAUAUGCAUGAAUGAUAUUAAAGUUAUUAAGUUAAUAUCCA